UCUGCCCGAGGGCGAUCUGAGAAAGCCAGUAUCCUUUUCGCCCCUGGAUCGUGUUCUGCUGCACCCCGCACCCCUCAUCCCGGCCCCUCGUCCCAGUCCCUGCUUUCCAGCCCGGCCCCUGCCCCGCCCUGACCCAACCCGGCCCAGACGCCAUGGAGAGCUGGCCCUGGCCGUCGGGCGGCGCCUGGCUGCUCGUGGCGGCCCGUGCGCUGCUGCAGCUGCUGCGCGCAGACCUGCGUCUGGGCCGCCCGCUGCUGGCGGCGCUGGCGCUUCUGGCCGCGCUCGACUGGCUGUGCCAGCGCCUGCUGCCCCCGCUGGCCGCACUUGUCGUGCUGGCUGCCGCGGGUUGGAUCGCGUUGUCCCGCUUGGCGCGGCCGCAACGCCUGCCGGUGGCGACUCGCGCGGUGCUCAUCACCGGCUGUGACUCUGGUUUUGGCAAAGCGACUGCCAAGAAGCUGGACGCCAUGGGCUUCACAGUGCUGGCCACCGUGUUGGAGUUGGAUAGCCCUGGUGCCCAAGAGCUGCGUGCUUGCUGUUCCCCUCGUCUGAAGUUGCUGCAGAUGGACCUGACCAAGCCAGCAGACAUUAGCCGCGUGCUGGAGUUCACCAAGGUCCACACUGCCAGCACAGGUCUGUGGGGCCUGGUCAACAAUGCAGGCCACAACAUCCUUGUGGCAGAUGCAGAGCUGUCUCCAGUGGCCACGUACCGCAGCUGCAUGGAGGUGAAUUUUUUCGGUACCCUUGAGAUGACCAAAGCCCUCUUGCCACUGCUGCGCCGGUCAAGCGGUCGCAUUGUGACUGUGAGCAGUCCAGCAGGAGAUAUGCCAUUUCCGUGCUUGUCUGCCUAUGGGACCUCCAAAGCGGCUGUGGCAUUGCUCAUGGACUCUUUCAGCUGUGAACUUCAGCCCUGGGGGGUCAAGGUCAGCGUCAUCCAGCCUGCCUGCUUCAGGACGGAGGCAGUGAAAAACGUGGACCAGUGGGAAGAGCGCAAGCGGCAGCUGCUGGCCACCCUGCCCCAAGAGCUGCUACAGGCCUAUGGUGAGGACUACAUCGAGCAUUUGAAUGGGCAAUUUCUGCACUCUCUGAGCCAGGGGCUGCCAGACCUCAGCCCGGUUGUAGAUGCCAUCACUGAUGCACUGCUGGCAGCUAAGCCGCGCCACCGCUAUUACCCUGGCCAUGGCCUGGGGCUCAUGUACUUCAUCCACUACUACCUGCCAGAGGGCCUGCGGCGCCGUUUCCUGCAGUCCUUCUUCAUCAGUCCCUAUGUGCCAAGAGCACUGAGGCUUGGCCAGCCCAGCCAUACCUCUGCCCAGGAUCCAGGCCCAAACCUGGGCUCUGCCCCCACCGCUCAAUGAGCAGCGCGCACAUAGAGCACCUCCAUCAGAGGAGGUCCCAUGUCCUUGGCCCUCCCCUGGGCAUUCUAUCCCUCAGGUCUGCCCUAGAGCCUGGCCUAAAGAAUCCCAAUCCCACUCACUGCUGAUGUCACAGGCCAGGCCUGGUGAGGCGAAAGCUUCCCACUGAACCUCCAGGCCUUUACUGCUUCAUGAGCCCAAACAGACCCUCCUGGGCACAAGGCUCUACCAUGCAGCUUGUUGAACCCAGCUGGAUGGGGAGUUUAGUGCAAGACUUAGCUGUAGCCUUUGACAGGAUCCUGCAGACUGCCUCUACAAACAAAGGAGUGACUAGGUAGGUUGGGGACCCCCUCAGGAUUCUUUCUCGGCACCAGUGCCUCAGUGCCGUGAUUUUAAGGGUGAAUUCCAACUGUUUCUUGACUGGCUCAAGAAUGAGGGUCCUGACCAUCCACCCCAAGCUCCACAAGCCACAGGGAGGCUGCACACCCUACUUGCCUGGUUGCCACUUUUUAAAUAAAGACAAAUUUUUAUUUCUCCUA